UCAAGCAAUCUACUUUGAACAAGCAUCAGUCUUUUAAUUUUACUAAUUACAAUCGACAUCGAAAUGUCUGAUACCUGCAUUCAAAGGACUUGUCUUAAGGGCGGAGCAUAACAUUUAAGCUUGCAAUUUGAAAUCAUUAACACAAGACAAGAAAUAUGUCGUGUGGUGGUGGCAAAGGCAAACUAUUUGUCUAAUUUGUCAGAGGCUAGAGGGCCUUUGAAUAGAAAAUGAGAUGCACACACACACACGCACAGCCAAAAUCAAAUUCAUAGAACAUUGACAAUGGUGACUGGCUGAAGGUCUGCUGCUGAAUGGAAGGAUGAAUGGAUGCAACAACAACCCUCAAAUUAUAAUUUGUUGUGGUAGGAAGUUGGAAGGCAUUGUCCUGACUAACUAUGGCAGCCACAAAAACAACAAAAACCUUCCUAGGCUAUGAGUAUUCCAAGGGUAGUUUUAUCUUUUUCUUGCUUUGCUAAGGGUGGUGGGCUAUAUAAGGAGAGAUCUUGAAGGCUGAGAGCAUCAGUUCACCCCAAACAGUGAUCGCUACAACAUCUCUUGUAUUUAAAGCCAUUUAAAAAAAAAAACAAUUUUUUUAUUUCGCGAAAUUGUUUGACCAACAUCAACGCUAAAAAAAUGUCUCGCUCAUUUCUAAUGGAUUCUCUACUCAGUGAUUCAAUGCCUCUGAAAAAGGAUACUUUGGGUUCACCCACAGCUUCAAGUCCAGUGGCAACUGCGUCACAUGCUGCCGCGGCAGCUGCAGCAGCAGCAGCCAUUUUGCCCCAAAUCCCGAUGUUGCCCUAUCCAGCCAGUUAUGUGGGAAGCUAUCUAUUUUCCUUGGGUAUACAACAACAACAGCAGCAGCAACAACAAGCAGCGGCGGCAGCAGCAGCAGCCUUGCAACAACAAUCUUAUCACCCAUAUGCAUCAAUCUUGGCCCAGAAACGUAAAGCAGCCAUCUCCUUUGACUCAUAUGGGCCCAUAUCCGCCACCACAGUAUUGCCUUCAACUGCCACAAUACCCUAUGGUACCAUUUUGCCUUUGGGUGGAGAUAAUGUUUAUUGUACCUCACCAUCAGCCUCCUCGUCCACCUCCACCAUGGAUUAUCCUUCGAAUGAUGAGCUGCAACAACAAACAAAACGCUAUCGCCAUGAUUCCUCGUGCUCACCUUCCAGUUCACCUUUGAAGUCCAUUGCCAGCCAUCCCAUUAGAGCCGAAAGCAAUUCCUCACAUUCUCAAUCUUCCUCGGCAGGUUCAUCUUCAGUGGAUGUAACCCCAGUAGUCUCAGAUUAUGCCGAUUCCAGCAAACGCAUACGCACUGCUUUCUCAAGUACCCAACUUUUAGAAUUGGAGCGUGAAUUUUCCAUGAAUCCUUAUUUGUCACGUCUAAGACGCAUUGAAAUUGCCAAUCGCUUGCGUCUUUCGGAGAAACAAGUCAAAAUUUGGUUUCAAAAUCGUCGCGUUAAGCAAAAGAAGGGUUCAGAAUCACCCACCUUUAAUAUGUCGGGUAAUACCCCAUGCAGUCCAUCCCAGUCUCCUACACAACAAAGUGAAGAUUCACCAACAAAGUCUUCCGGUAAAUAUAUCUCUGUCAAAAAGGAACAUUAA